UACACACCAAGCCCGGGGCCAGAGACGGUGUCGCGUCUGCUACUACAAGAGAGGAAUUGAGCAGUCGAAGUCGCUCCAACCCGUCUCGGAUUGCCCCAGAAUCCCUCCUCUUUCUGGGAUAAGAUAUAUUAUUAUGACCAUUAUUUUUAAUGGAAGAUGAUUGAAAGUGAAAAUCUACAUCAAGAAGAAAUAAUUAAAGAACUGUGUUUGUGCAAUGGUUUAUCUUAUGAGAUGGUUGGAAAAGAAGGAUCAAAUGCUUCGAAACUAGAGAUGUUUUUCUCAGGGUAUCCCCAUAUAGUUGGAUUAUCAUUAUUUCCUAAUUUAACAAGUCUUACAAUUGUUGCUCAAGAUAUAAAAGAAAUUUCAGGAUUAGAGACUUGUUUACAGCUUAAAGAACUUUGGAUUGCUGAGUGCUGCAUCGAGAAAAUUGGAGGUCUUCAAGAAUGUAGAAAUUUGGAAAGAUUGUAUUUAUAUUAUAAUAAAAUUUCUAAAAUAGAAAAUCUAGAAAAAUUAAUCAAAUUGCAAGUCCUUUGGCUGAACCACAACAUGAUUAAAAAUAUCGAGGGCUUACAAACUUUGAAGAAUUUAAGUGACCUCAACCUUGCAGGAAAUCUAAUAAGCAUCAUUGGUCGGUGUCUUGACAUCAAUGAACAACUGGAGAAGUUAAACCUUUCUGGUAACCAAAUAUAUUCUUUCAAGGACCUCACUAACUUAACCAGGCUGCCUCACUUGAAGGAUUUGUGUCUGAAUGAUCCUCAAUAUAAAACCAACCCUGUUUGUCUGCUGUGUAAUUAUUCCACACACGUAUUGUAUCACUUGCCUUGCCUUGAAAGACUUGACACGUUUGAUGUGUCAGCCAAACAAAUCAAGGAACUGGCAGAUACCACAGCAAUGAAAAAAAUAAUGUAUUAUAAUAUGCGUAUAAAAACUGUUCAGAGGCAUCUUAAUGAAGACCUUGAAAAACUGAAUGAUAGAAAAUGCAAAUUAGAGAAGUUGCCAGAAGAACGAAUAAAAUUAUUCAGCUUUGUGAAAAAAAAUUUGGAACGGGAACUGGCUGAACUCAAGGGAACUGGCAAAGGGCACGGUGAUAGAACCAAUAACAACAAAGUAACUGAGGUUGAUAAACCAAAAAAUUGUGAAACUGUCACAGAAGACCCAAGUCUUCAACAGAAGAUACUGACCAAACUAAAUGCCUUGAAUGAAAGGGUAACAUUCUGGAACAAAAAACUAGAUGAAAUUGAAGCAAUUUAUCGCAUUGAAGUAAAACAAAAGAAGAAAAGUCAUGGCUUAUUGAUACCAUUUUUGCUAAUUGAGUUGGAGACUGUGGGAAACAUCCAUUUUGAAGAAGGCACUCGAUCUGAUGACUGGUUUAAUUCCUGCUAUGAAUUAAUUCUAUCACGUUUCUGUACAUGGGACUUCAGAACAUAUGGUGUUACAGGAGUAAAAGUAAAACGUGUCAUUAAAGUUAACAACCGUAUUCUGAGACUAAAAUUCGAAGAGAAAUUUCAGAAGUUUUUGGAUCACGAAAGCAUGCAUGAUGCAGAGAGCUAUCGCAAGAUGUUGGAGUGCCUUUUUUAUGUUUUUGAUCCUGAAGUUAUGGUGAAGAAAAAGCAUCUGCUACAAAUACUUGAAAAAGGAUUCAAAGAGAGCGAAACAAGCAAGCUGCCUCUCAGAAAAGAAGCUGUUAUUCUUGCUAACAGCCUAAGUUUGUGUGAGUGUCCUCGAAUUGAGUUUCUACAGCAAAAGUACAAGGAUGAGAAGAAAAACUCUCUUGAGCAUGAGCUCUUCAGACAUGGCAUCCUCCUCAUUACAAAGGUUUUUCUUGGCCAGAGUGUUCAGGCUCGGGAACAAGAAUCUAUCAAUCAAGCCAACUAUCCAAUGGUUAAUUCAGUGUUCAUUCCUCAGAAGUAUUUACUAAAUUCGAUCAUGGGACAAAGAAAUUGUGAUUGUGGCUUUCGGCAGUGCAAGUGGUUUGUCUUUGAUCAUGACCUUGUCUUGCCAGAAUACAUCGUUGAGUUUGAGUAUAUUACAGUGGUCAAGGCUCACUCUUUAUUUUCUUCAUUCAACAAUGUUAUUCUAGAAGAAAGCAAAAAAUUUUCAGAAGGAUCAAUAUUAUCCCAAGAUUUGAAAGUUGAUGAUGAUGUUAUGAAAAUGGAACCCAGGAUUAAGCCCCAAGCAAAACUUAGUUUGGAUGAUAAAACAAUACUUUCCCUUGCCAAGACUAACAUUUACAGUCAUAUUGUGAGUCUGAAUCUACAUGGAAACAGCUUGAGUAAAUUGAGAGAUCUCUCUAAAUUAACAGGACUUCGAAAACUGAAUAUUAGCUUUAAUGAAUUUACUUGUUUAGAUGAUGUAUACCACUUGUAUAACCUUGAAUAUUUGGAUGCAAGUCACAACCAUGUGAUAACUCUUGAAGGAUUUAGAGGUCUGAUGAAACUAAAGCACUUAGACUUGAGCUGGAAUCAACUGAAAAAAUCUGGCGAUGAAAUAAAUGUGUUAUGUAAACAAACUACAAGCCUUCUCACUCUUAACAUUCAACAUAAUCCAUGGCAAAAGCCAGCCACAUUGAGGCUGAGUGUCAUUGGCAGAUUAAAGACUCUUACACAUUUAGAUGGGCAAAUCAUUUCUGAAGAAGAAACAACAGCAGCUAUGAAAUUUAUUACUGGAACAAAAAUUACUCAGUUAUCUAUCUUAAGGCAUUCUAGUACUAAAGAGGAGAGACCACGGAUACUUAGCAUAUGGCCUUCUGCCAAAAUUCUGACACAGAUUUCAAAGUUCGGACCACAUUUACAUAUGAGUGGAAACUGGUACUUGAAGAUAACUGCCUUAAAUUUAGAUGGACAACAUCUCUUUGAAAUCACAAAUUUAGAAAAAUUGGAAAAUUUGAAAUGGGCAUCAUUCAGCAAUAAUAAUCUCACUAAAAUGGAAGGCUUAGAAUCCUGUAUUAACUUGGAAGAGCUCACCUUAGAUGGAAACUGCAUCUCAAAGAUAGAAGGCAUUUCUAAGCUAACUAAAUUAACUCGCCUCAGCAUAAAUAAUAAUCUUCUGACUGGUUUGGAAAAGCAUACUUUUGAUAACAUGCUUCAUCUUCACUCCCUUUCUCUUGAGAACAACAGAAUCACUUCAUUGGGUGGUUUACAAAAAACUUUUAGUUUAAUUGAAUUGUACAUAAGCAAUAACUAUAUUGCUGUCAAUCAGGAGAUCUACAAUUUAAAGGGUUUAUGCAACUUGGUCAUUCUCGACAUGUAUGGAAACAUUAUUGUAUGGAAUCAAGAAAACUACCGAUUAUUUGUAAUAUUUCAUCUUCCAGAACUAAAAGCUUUGGAUGGAAUCUCAAUUGAACCACCAGAGACUGAAAGUGCAAAAGAUUUGUUUGGUGGAAGACUUACUUCUGACAUGAUUACAGAACGACAAGGACAUUCAAACUUUACCCAAAUGCAGGAAUUAAAUUGGACUUCAUCAUCCAUAAGAACUGUAGAUUUGAUUCCAGUUGACCAAUUUAGAAAUGUGUGUAAUGUGAACCUACAGAACAAUAAUCUUACCUCUUUCAGUGGACUAAUCUAUCUGCCUAAUGUGAAGGUCUUAUGCCUCAACUAUAAUCAUAUUGAAUCAAUCAUGCCUAGACUAAAGCCUCAGACUCACUUAACCAACAGACAACUACUUUACCAGAAAGUACCUUCAAGUGGUUAUGGACAACAAGGAACUUCAAAAAUAAACAGAGAUACAAUCAGCAGUGAAAAUUUACCUCCAAUAAUGCACAGUUUAGAGGUUCUUCAUUUGGGCUACAAUGGAAUUUGUAAUUUAAUCCAGUUACAACUUAAUAGACUAAGAAAUUUAAAAUUCCUCUUUCUACAGGGGAAUGAAAUCAGUCAAGUUGAAGGGCUGGACAACUUAGCAGUCCUUCAGGAGUUGGUGUUAGAUCAUAACCGCAUCAGAGCAUUUAAUGACAGUGCUUUUGCCAAACCAAGUUCUCUGUUGGCACUCCAUUUGGAGGAAAAUCGACUACGAGAGCUAAGCAGAUUGCAACCUUUGGUAAAACUAGAGAAACUCUUCCUAGGAUAUAAUAAAAUUCAGGAUAUCACAGAACUGGAAAAACUUGAUGUUAUCUGUACUCUCAGGGAGCUUACAGUUUAUGGCAAUCCAAUUUGUAGGAAAAUGCUACAUCGUCAUGUGCUCAUAUUUCGACUGCCUAACUUGCAGAUGUUAGAUGGAAUUCCUGUAAAUUCAGAUGAUAGAGUAAAAGCUGAAUUUCACUUCUCUGAACUACAAGCAAAGAAAAAUUCGUUUAUUCCAGUUACCAACUCUCCUAUGGAUGGUGGAUCAUUCUACUCAAUGAAAGCAUCUCCCAUUAAAAUAACAAAUGUAAUUCUGCCUGGUGGAUUUAGCCAUUGCUUGGGACCUGACUUCACUUUAACUCCUGAAACUGAAGACAAAAAAGACAAGAAUACAGGGAUCCUGACAAGUAAUCCUCGAAGCAUCCAUGCAGAAAUAGCUUUUCGGCAACUUAGAGGGAUAAAUCUCUCUCCCACUCUUCUGUCACAUCAGAAUAUUACAUCUCCAACUGCACAAAUGUACCAGAGCAACCAAAAUGAGGGAAGAAUUCCUGGGAGCAACUUUUCAAGAUCAAACCGAAUGUAACUGCCUAAAACAAUGAGCAUAUGCCAGGAAACCUAUUUCUUUUAGGAGUUGUGCAAAAGGUAGCAGACAGUGGUCAGUGGAAAAAAAAAAAAGAAUAAGAGAAUCAUGUUACUUAUGUUACUGAAGCACUCAGUU